UAAGCAGAGACUGUAUAUGUUCUCAUGGUAGUUGCUGUUUGGUGUUCGCGCAGUCCGCACGGCUUUUUGUUUCGCGGGAUAUAUCUCCGAUUUGUUAACUGCCUAAACUGUUGGCAUUAUUACAACUUUUAUUCGCCUAAAAGGCGAUUGACCGGGAGGAGUGUGUUUGAUUUGCGCGGCAUUCUGCAUUUCGUGUGCCGUCAGCACUCCAGAGAAAGAAGGAGAAAUUAAUUUCUACACUGAGGGAAAGAAGAAGUUGCUCUCAAAAUGGUUAACAUAGUGGACAGCGGGUCGAAGCAUGCGCCCCAGGAAAUGGAGCAAUUCCUGCCCGGCGAAGGAAAAGUCAUGUACAAAAUCCAACCCCGCAAGUCGGAUACCGAGCAGGCCUUGGCUGGAAAUGACUUUGAUCCUUUCGCAUUGCGGGACAAUCCACAUCCAACCACCGAUAAUGAAACUCUCACGCAUUUGCUUAAGGCCUCCUUGGGAACCGGUAUCCUGGGCAUGCCAUUUGCCUUCAUGUGCUCCGGUCUCAUCAUGGGAAUCUUCUCCACCAUUUUCACCGCCUUUAUAUGCACGCACUGCAGUUACGUGUUGGUAAAAUGCGGACACAAGUUGUACUACAGAACUCGCCGCACCAAGAUGACCUUUGCCGAGAUUGCUGAGGCUGCCUUCCAAAAAGGACCCAAAUGGUGCCGUGGCUUCGCGCCAGUGGCCAAGUUCUCCAUCCUGUUUGGUUUGUUCCUGACGUACUUCGGCACCUGCUCGGUGUACACGGUAAUUGUGGCCUCGAACUUUGAGCAGUUGAUUUCCCAUUGGACGGGAACGCCAGUGUCGCUGCGCAUGCUCAUUUGCAUAAUGCUGGUGCCGUUGAUCCUCAUCGCCUGGGUGCCAAAUCUCAAGUACCUGGCGCCUGUGUCGAUGGUGGCCAAUGUUUUCAUGGGCCUGGGACUGGGUAUUACGUUCUACUAUCUGGUCCAGGAUCUGCCACCAGUGCAAGAGCGCGAGUCCGUUGUUUGGUCCACACUGCCGCAGUUCUUCUCGAUCACCAUCUUUGCAAUGGAGGCCAUCGGUGUUGUUAUGCCGCUGGAAAACAACAUGAAGACGCCACAGAGCUUCCUCGGCAUCUGCGGUGUGCUCAGCCAGGGCAUGUCGGGCGUGACCCUUAUUUAUAUGCUGCUGGGAUUCCUUGGCUAUCUGCGUUACGGUUCCGCCACCGGAGAGAGCAUCACCCUGAAUCUGCCCAUCGAGCAGUGGCCCGCCCAGACGGUGAAGGUGCUCAUUUCCCUGGCCGUAUAUUGCACAUUUGGACUGCAGUUCUUUGUGUGCCUGGAGAUCAUCUGGGAUGGCAUUAAGGAGAAGUGCAAGAAGCGUCCGACAUUGGUCAACUAUGUGCUGCGCACAGUCCUGGUGACCGCUGCCGUUGUUCUGGCCGUGGCUGUUCCUACAAUUGGCCCAUUUAUGGGUCUCAUCGGUGCCUUCUGCUUCUCCAUUCUGGGAUUGAUCUUCCCGGUGGUCAUUGAGUUGAUUGUCCAUUGGGAGACCGGUUUCGGUAAAUACAACUGGAUCCUGUGGAAGAACGCAAUCAUCACUUUGUGCGGCAUUGGCGCUCUCGUCUUCGGCACCCAGGCAGCCAUCAAGGAUAUUGUGAAAGCCUACAGUAAUAAUGAAAACGUCGGAGAAUAGAUACUUCACCACUUAGGAGAGAGGCUCCGCUUCCUAGAUAAAAUCUAACUAUUGUUAGAUGUAAAACUGCGCCCACAUUUUGUACAUUUUGUCUGUUGCUUAGUGUGUCUGUUUUGAGAGCCGAAAGGGAAUUAACUAGGGAUUUCACUGAGCGAGUGCCUACAAUAUAUGUAGCACACUCCCAAGCACCAUUGAGCCGUUUUAGCACGUUUUAGUACACUCACGAUUAUAUAAUGUAGAGAGUAAGCUAGUUGAUAGCCGUUCAGAAACACUUUUAGAACAGUUCUGAACGAUUCAUGCGGCAUUCAAACUGGAACUUUACUAAGUGCACUUUAAUAGUUUCCUAUUGAUUUCCUAUUAAUACCAUUUAGUAUGGAUCUGUAAGAGGCUUAGCUACGUACCAUCCUCCAAAAAUCCCCGCCCCUUUCUCUCUGUUCUAAAAUAGUAUUACUCCUAAAGCAGAAAACCCAAAACUAAAGUUAUCAUGCCUUUCCCAACUUUUACUUUGUUCCGUGGCAAAUUCGCGUGAUUUGCGUACAUUAUUUAACAUUUUAGCAUGUUUAGUAAGUAAGCGUAAGAAUUAGGAUUGUAAAGCCUAUUUUGCAAUCGAUCAGUUCCAAAUAUGUUGAGCUAAAUUACUCAGAGAAUACAAUUUUUAUACGAAAUCUAGCCGAGUAAUAAGUUACAUUGAAUUGCCCCGAUAUUCACUAUGUGUAAACAUACUUUUUUUGUUGCAUACAUAUUUUUGUAUUUUAAUUAUAGCUAUUAAAGAGAAAUACUUAGCGAAACUAUCAAGUAAAUAAAACGAGAAACACAAGUUGAAA